ACUGAAAAUCUGUUGAAUACGUUCUCAGUUUUAAUACAAAAUCGAUCGUGAAAAGAUGGAAGUUGUGCUAUUGGUCCUUUGCUUAGUGUUAUCCGCGGAGGGAUACACGAUAGCACAACAAACACAGCUACACUCGGACCUGGCCUCGGGAUACGAUCGGAGAGUGAGACCUGGCCAGAACAGAACCCUCCCCAUAGUUAUCAAGUUUAACUUCUACUUUGCGAGUUUGAAGGAAUUCUCAGAGGCCGAAAGUAAGAUUGGAAUCGUGGGGUCAUUGGGACUUGAGUGGAUAGAUUCUCGGCUUUCUUGGAACCCGUCGACUUAUGGAGGUGACUUGUAUGUAACUACGCUAUUUACCUCCGACAUUUGGGUCCCAUUUUUAGUUUUGAUGAAUCCUUUUGCCAAACUUAAGAAAGUGCUUUUAGAUGAAAUGUCUUGCACGGUGACAGAUGGGGGAUAUGUCAAUUGUCUGCCUCCUAACCUCUAUGAAGCCACGUGCGAUGCUGACGUCACUUAUUAUCCCUUUGAUUCGCAGACGUGCACAUUGAAAUUUUACGUUCCUGGAUAUUCUAUGUCAGAUAUUCUUCUAAGACCUGCCUUACCUACAUUUCGAAUGGAUUUAUACGAAGAAAAUGGACUGUGGUCUAUUACAAGCACUCGCAUUUAUUACCAGGUUAACGUGUUCGGUUUUGAAGAACUUCGACUUGAGAUAAACAUGAAAAGACGGACUACAUAUUAUAUCGCUGGUCUGAUACUGCCGAUCUGUUUGAUGAACUUCAUUCAAAUAUUGGUGUUUAUUUUGCCAAUGGAGUCGGGAGAGAGGAUGGGUUUUUCCAUUACAGUGCUUUUGGCCGUAGCUGUUUUCCUUACCAUUAUUCAGGACAAGCUACCAGAAGCAUCAGAGCCGAGUGUGGCGAACCUCACAUACAAACUACUGGUGGACAUGCUGUUAGGAUGUUCUAUGGUUAUAGCCGUAGUGAUUGGACUUCACUUCUACCAUAAAACAGAAGAUAUGGAAAUAUCAACAAGACUUAAAAAUUUUGCUCGUAGCAUGAAUUUUUGCUGCAAGCGUAGGAAGACCAAGGUGAUGGUCUGUGAUGACACAGAAAAACCACCAGUUGAAUGUGUUAACGAUACCUGCGACAUCGAUGUAACCUGGAAUGAUGUGGGACUGGCAUUUGACAAGUUGUUCUUUAUUGUUUUCUUUGUUUCUUUGAUUUCUAAUAAUAUUGUGUAUCUAACUACAAUGGCCGCAAUAAGUUAAUACUGUAAAAAUAAAACAGCUAAAACAGAAAAGUAUGGGAAAUUACCGGUAUGUUCCAUGUUAUAAAUUUAUCUAAAUCUUACACGUCUCGGCAACUUUACAAGAUUUCUUGAGAAAUAUGUUUUUUUUCAUUAAUUACAAUAUUUAAUAUUAAUUUUACAAUUCGUCCCUACUGGUUUCGGAGCGGAUAUCCUUAAGAGGUAUUAUUACUGAAAUUCACUAGAAAAUUACAACCGUUCUUCUAUUUUCAAAACAGAAACGAAUUCUUAAGAUUAUUAUUUUUACAUAAUACUCAUUAUACAUACUUAUUUUUAUUUUGUUGUGAAAAUGUACAAAACAUUAUGUUAACACUAUUUCAAUUAUGCUUUUUGUAUAAUGGUUAAGGUCAUAUACUAAAUAAAAUCAUAUUCAAAGCAUUUAUACUUCGAAAUAUUUUUAUGUGCCCGGAUCGAUAGAUCCAGGGCGUAUAUUGUUUUUGUCCUGUCUGUCUAUCUGUCUGUCUAGCUGUUUGUUUGUUUGUCCCGAACUUUAACCUUCACCAUAACUUUUGAACCAUGAAAGAUAGAGACUUCGUAUUUGGUAUGCAUACUCCACUAAUUAAGCUCUUUCAAAUGACACCAAGGUUAAUGACCUUGUGACCUUGACUGUGGCCUAAAUGCUAAAAAUAGCUUUUUUCUGCAAACUUUAACCUUCGCCAUUACUUUUUAACCAUGAAAGAUAGAGACUUCGUAUUUGGAAUGCAAACUCCACUAAUCAGGUUCUUUCAAAUGACACCAAGGUCAAUGACCUUGUGACCUUGACUGUGACCUUAAUGCUAAAAAUAGCUUUUUCCUGCAAACUUUAACCUUUGCCAUAACUUUUGAACCAUGAAAGAUAAAGACUUCAUAUUUUGUAUGCAAACUCCACUAAUCAGGUUCUUCCAAAUGACACAAAGGUCAAUGACCUUGUGACCUUGACUGUGACCUUAAUGCUAAAAAUAGCUUUUUUCCGAACUAUGUUGCCGCCGGGCGCAUAGUGUUUCACAAACAC